CACGUUCUGAAAAUCAUGGAGUGUCAGAGGAGGUGGAGAUGGUUCUCUUCAGCCUGGAUUCUCAUUCUGGGGGUAUUUGCUUUGAAAGAGAUCCAGGCAGUACACCACAGACAUGUGGGUCAGUUCACUGCAGUGGGCACGAUCCAUUCUCUCUUGGAGAUAAAUGGAAUUAGCUUCAUGGAUGAUGUUGAAUUGGGAUCCUAUAAUUAUGCACAACGGAAAAUUAAUAUCAAGAUACCCUGGAUCUCUGAAGCACUUGGAGUUGAUUACAUUACCCAGAGGCGUCAUUUAUUGGUGGAUCAUGAGCAACAUUUCCGCUGGGUCAUCCAAUACCUAGCAAAGAAUGGCACUGACCACAACAGAAACCACACAGGUCAACUCCUUGCAGACUGCGAAAUAGACAAUGACAUAAAGAUAAAGAGCCACAUCCAUUUAAUUUGGGAUGGAGAGGAAUAUUACAGAAUAGAUGAAGAAGAUGGGCAGUGGGAGAAUUUAAAGCCUGAAGUCAAGAAAUACCAGCAUAUUCUGGAGAGUCCCUUCUGGACCGACUUAAGGAAACGCUACAUGAAUGAAUAUUGUGUUGGCCUGAUGAGGAAAAUCGUUGGGUACAAAAACUUAAAGGAUAACGUACCCCCUGAGGUGACUGUGUCCCGCCAUGUCAACCCAGAAGGCAGCACCAUUCUCUCCUGCACAACCACAGGCUUCUACCCUCAUUCCAUCCUACUGCGUUGGGAGAAGAAUGGGAAGCUCGGUGUAUGGGGAAAGGAGACUUCCAGUGGCAUCCUGCCCAAUACGGAUAACACCUUCUACCUUCAAGUUACCUUAGAGCUCCCACCAGAGGACCCAGGGAUGGGUUAUACCUGUGUGGUGGAACACAGUGAGCUGAAGAUCCCUGCUGUUUAUCCAGUCCCUGAAAAGCCCACAAUGGAGAAGCCUUGGGCCCUGGCUCUGGGCAUUGUAUUGACUGUCAUCUUACUGCUGAGCUGCGCUGGAGCCUUCAUAGCAUGGAAGAAGAGGAAAUCAGGUUCAUCAAGUCAGCUGGAAAGAUCUUUUCCUUCCCUUGCAUCUCCUACUACUCCACCACACUAGAGAAAUGGAAUAUACCAAGGA